UGAUUCAAUGUGAAGGUCGCCGUACACUUCCUGAUCUUGGAGCUGAAGGAAUUUGACAGAUUUAAUUUUGAAAUGGUGUCGUGUCCGCUUUGUGGUCCCAAACUAUCGAUAUGCUGCACAAUCAUCAGCAUAUGGGGAAUAGUUAUGUUGGCUAUACUUGGAGCCUUCUUCCAGAUUCACAGUCCAGCACUGUUUGAGGACAUCCCUAAAGACGAAGACGAAUGGAAACACCAGAACUACAGCAUGGCAUAUGUACACGAAAAAUAUGAGCAGACCGCUCUCAACUGUUUCAUUGCUGCAGGCAUUUACGUCUUCUUUUUCUUCUUUUCCUGUUGUCAACAAAGAAUGCACGCCAAAGCCAGUUAUGAAAUGUCAUAAACCUGCCGUGAACAAACUUGGAGCCAUGAUGAAUAUCUUACCACAAAUCCAAUUAAUAAUCUGGAAUUAAACAUUUGUCAUGUUAAAACAAAUUCCACAAGAACAUAUUGACAUUCUACACAUUAUGGAAGAAAGGGAAAAGAAAAAAGACAGGGAAUUAGGAUCUACACAUAGAGCUGCAAGUUUCUUAAAAAAUUGACAUUUAAAUUCCAGAUUCCAACUGUGAGAAAAUCUAACAUAAUACCAGGGUAUACUUUGUAGAUGAUAAUCUGGUAUCAGUAUGUAAUGUAGUAAUAGUAUUGGUUGUAUUUAUGAUUUAUCAAAUUUAACAUUAAUACUAUGACCAAUCUGCACUGGUAAGAUUAUUACUUCAUGUUAAAACAUUCCUGAAACAUUGUCUCCUGUGACCAAAACUCGAGUUUGAGUCUCGUGAUUUACCAACCGUAGUUUAUAUGUCGUAUUUGACCUAUUAAGCACACAUGCCCUGAUAAGCACACCCACCUUUUUUUGUGAAAAAGGAUCAGUGUACUUACCGGUAAUCAAAAUCCAUAAAACCAUGGCCACUUCCUCACUGAUAUGUCACGAUAGUUCUCUGCAUUACAAUACCAAGCCAAUAGGUUAAAUGGCUAAAUUUUAGAUUUUUUAUUUCAAAUUUUAGUAUAUUUUCUUUUAAACAUUCAACUAUUUUAUCAAUCUUUGCCAGGAUUAUUCUUUCCUAAAUUUAUUUGGCCACUUUAAAACUGAUACAUUUAAAUGCCUGAUGACCAACUAGUAAAUACAUCAUCUAGUGAUGUUCUACAUGAUAUCACCUCAAAAAUGAAUAAAUUUUACUUGUGAAAUCACAACAACCCUAGCCUUCCAACAGUAUCUUUGUUUCUACCAGAAACAGGAACAGGUAUGAAGAGUUAUAGGUAGUGAUAUAUUCAGCUAUAUGUAGAAAACUUAAGUACUCUUGAUACAUCUUUCUUUUCUUUGUCCUCCAGCUCUGAUUUCACAAUCAUUUCCUUGAAAAUGGUUUCACUGAGUACACACUGUGCUUUUUAGGUCAAAUAUGGUACCUAGCUAGUUGUAAAAACUAUAGUUUAUAAAUGCAUAUCGAGCGAGUUGACCUUUUCUGAAAUCCUAGUCCUAUAUAUGUAUCUGUAGUUUGUGUAGAUACAUUUAGAUGUUAAACAGUGCUGUACAUAUUUAAAUACUGCUGGACUGUGUCCACUUCCUGAGGGGGGUAUAUUAUUGUAUGAUUUGGGAUGUAGAGGAUUUACUUCUUUUGGAAGAUGAUGAAGAGGAAAGGAACCCAGUAGACCCAUUCUGUUGUAAUUGUCAAUCACAAAUGUGCAUGCUACACAAUUCAAUGCCACAGAAAUCACAAUACUGUACAUCUAACAUAGUCCAUGUUGUAACAGUCAUAUCGACAAUUAUGCAUUUUUGGUUACUAAAUAGUAUUGACAAUAACAAACUGACUUUCGCUAGGCCUAGUCAUGCAAUUGUUGAAAAGAUUUGUCCUAGAUUAUGAAAAGUCAUACCCAUUUACAAAAAAAAAAUGAUAUUCAUUUAUUUUCUGAAAAGUGACAUUUCCUAAAAAAGGAAAUGACAAGUUUUUGGAAGAGUAUAUGUGGAAAAAGAAGAUGAAGAAAUCACUGUAGAGAAAUUGAAUGUCUGAAUUAGAUAAUUUGAUUAAUUAAUGAGGUAUUGCCAAUGUAUUACAUUAACCCAGAGUAUAUAUAUAUCAUAUAGUGGUGAGCGAGAGAGCUAGUGUAAAAAGGAAAGUUUUUGUUUUACUGUUCUCAAAAUGAAGGUCGUUAAUGUUACUUUCAUCAAAACCUGAUUACAGGGUUAAUAUGAACAACAUUUUCUCUGUUUCCCUAAUGUAUGAUUUAACUUGCUGCUGAGCAUUUUAGACAGACAUGAUAAUUUUGAGUCCAUUGUUGUGCGAUUUGAUCAUCAUGCAUUAAAUAAUCAUAUCACUUGGGUCAAUCAAAUCUUGCGCGAAAUUUUUAUUUAGGCCCUAAAAUAUUGAUAUGGAGUUGGCUUUGACAUUAGAAUUAAUUUAAGAAUAUGAAUUUGGAGGCAGAUUGCGAUUGUUUUCCGAGAUAUAAUUAAGUAAAGAUGUGGAUAUAAUUAUCAAAAAUCUUUUAUGUCGAAGGAAAUCAAUUCAAACAAUCAAAAAGAUUUUAUCUUGGAAAGAACAAUGUUUAUUAUAUAUAAAAUGCACACUGGUGUAUACUUGGUACUUAUGUUAAAAUUAUACACAUAAAAUUUCUAUAUAUGGUUGUAUAUGUUAUUUCUUUGUAUGUUUGUUUUUACCGUCAGUGAAUGGAUAUGUGAAUAGGAGAUUUAUAGGUAUUAUUUAAAUAAUGUUGUCACUUUGUGUUUAUUUAAUUUGAAUUAUAAAUCUUUGAUUUUGAAAGUUGCCGUGAUUCCAAUAUCAGGUUUUAUCUGAUAUAGAACCAUUGGUAUGACUGUUAAAUUGGUGUAUGUAGCAAGGUUUAAUUGGUACCCUAUUGUGAUCAGUCAUGUGAGGAUUUAAUUAAAUUAUGUAUGUUAAUGGAAAAA